AUGGCUCAAUACGACGCACUCGCCACGGAUGACCGACCUCCAUCACGAGGCGAAGGAGUCGCUCUCCGCACCUCUGAUGAGGAGCACGUCUACCCACCCGCUGAGCAUUACUCUGCACGCGCGAGUUUGGAUACCGUCGGGAGUGGGAGCGAUAUCGUCUACCGCGACCAGUUGGACCAGGAUCCGUUCGAUGAGAAGACGGGGGAAGCUCAGAGAUACCACGAGCGGUAUGCGGACGACGAGGAGCAGGGGUAUACCGUUGAGCCUAGUCGACUCCGGCCGCGCAGGAAGUCGCGCAGCAUCCUUGCCAUCCUCGUGACCAUCGUUGUCGGUUCUGCAGUCAUCGGGUUCUUGGCUGCGACGUGGUACUCGGCUCCUGUAACUGUCACAAAGGCCGGGAACAAGCACAUCACCAUGGACCAUGUCUUCAAUGGCACUUUCGCGCCUAACCGUGUUCAGAGAAACUGGGUAGACGAGGCCGAAGAUGGGACAUACUCGUCGACAGACAGGAAGGGAAACAUCAUCCUCGCCUCUGCAACCGACCCGAACAACACACGCAUCCUCGUCAAGGCUGACGACAUUGUCGACCCCCGCUCCGGCUUGUCACUGUACUGGCAGACCUGGAAGCUGUCGGCCGAUAUGAAGUAUGUCCUCCUCAGCUCGGACUAUGUCAAGCAGUGGCGCCACAGCUCGCACAGCAACUUCUGGGUACACCGUUUGGCGGACCACAAGACAUUUGCGCUGCACGAGCCGAGUCUUCCUCCCGCUAUCGCGUAUGCCGAGUGGUCGCCAGUGUCACACUCAAUCGCUUACGUGUCUGGCAACGACUUGUACGUAGUCCCGGAUGUCGAGCUCGAUCAGGGCGAGCACAACUUGACCGCUGUCCGGGUUACCAACGACGGGAGCAAGGUCGUGUUCAACGGCGUCCCGGACUGGGUGUACGAGGAGGAGGUGUUCUCUACGGACAGUGCGUUAUGGUGGGCACCAGACGCGCACUCGGUCGCAUACCUCCGUUCCAAUGAGACCGAGGUCAUGGAGUACACGUACCCGGUGUACAACGAGGGCCACGAUGCCGACGCUGUCCACCCGUACACAUCAGAGGUGGUGAUGCGCUACCCGAAGCCUGGGACGCCGCUCCCGCUCGUGUCGGUGCAUACAUUCAACCUCAACCGGUACUUUGAGGCGGGCGCGCAAGGUCUCGGUGACAAGCGUCUGGAAGCGGCCAAGGAGACGCUGAGCUGGCCGGGACAGCUGCCGCCGGGCGAGGGUAUCGUCGUCGAGGUGUCGUGGGUCGGCAACGAUGCCCUGCUGGUCAAGGAGAUCGAUAGGCCUGCGCGCAAUGGCCAGGUCAUUGUGUUCCAGGGUGGAAACGUUGUGGGCAAGCAGGUGCGCAAGCUUGGCAAGGACGGUGAGGAGGGCGACGACGGCUGGAUCGACCAUGGGCAGAACCUCAUUGCCAUCCACGAGAGCGGCGGUACCGUAGCGGGAUACCUCGACAUUGUGCCGAAGAAGGGCUGGAACCACAUUGCACUCUUCCACCCCGUGGACGCGACCGACCCCAUCUGGCUCACCGAUGGCGAGUGGGAGGUCACCGAGCUCAACGGCGUUAACCAGGAGGAGGGCGUAGUGUUCUUCACAGCCGCCAACCCCUCUAUCGACCGGCACAUCUACAGUGUCAAGCUGCCCGACGCGGCGUCGCUUGCCAACUUCAAGCCCUCGCCCAAGCCGCUCACCGACACCAGCCAGCCCGGGUACUACUCGGCGUCAUUCUCUCCACAGGCUGGCUUCUAUGGUCUCUCAUACGAGGGUCCGCUUGUGCCAUGGCAGCGUCUCAUCGAGGUCCGCGACGGCGGCAUUGACGAGCUGCUCGAGGACAAUGCGGCCCUCAAUGCGACGAUUGCAGAGUUCCACCGCCCCAUCGUGAACCGCGGCAUCCUCGAGAAUGACGGUUUCGAACUUAACAUGAUCGAGAUCCUCCCUCCCAACAUUGACACCUCUGGGCGUAAGAAAUACCCCCUCCUCAUCGAGGUGUAUGGCGGCCCCUAUUCGCAAAAGGUAUCCAACUCGUUUGGGCGCGACUGGCACCAUUUCUUGGCCUGUGAGCAGAAGUACGUUAUUGUGAGGGUGGAUGGCCGGGGAACGGGGUUCAAGGGUCGACAGCUGCGCAACCCGAUCAUGGACGACAUUGGCCGCCUCGAAGCACUGGACCAAGCCGCUCUAGCCCGCGAACUUGUGAAACGCAAAUACAUUGACCGGGAGCGGGUCGGUAUCUGGGGCUGGAGCUACGGUGGCUACAUGACCCUCAAGUCGCUCGAAGCCAACCCCGACCUCUUCACCCUCGGCAUGGCAGUUGCGCCGGUCACCGACUGGCGGUACUACGACGCAAUCUACACUGAGCGAUACAUGAACACGCCCGAGGCCAACCCCGACGGGUACGCGGCGUCGAGAGUGAACAAUCUCACCAACUUUGACGGCAAGGACCUGCUCAUUGCGCAUGGGAGCGGCGACGAUAAUGUCCACUUUGCCAAUACUGCUUCCCUUGUCGACCGGCUCACACAGGACAAGGUCAGGGGGUGGCGGAUGCGUAUGUUCACCGACUCGGAUCAUGGGAUUCGUACGCGCGGCGCCUACCGCGAACUGUACGAGUGGAUGACGGCGUUUCUGCAUGAGAAGUGGGGUCAGGGCGGUAAGGUCAAGCACUAG